GAGUUGAAACUAAGACAGGUGAGUAUGUUAACAUAUCAUGCAAGCAGUUAGGUGAAUUCAUACCUGUGUUAUUAUGUUCGACGCUGUUAAUUGACGUUUUGAACAGGUUUUGCUUUAAUAACUGCAAUAAUCAUGGAAUGCAACCGUAAACAAAAAUAAAUUCUCAAUUCUCGUGAGGAAAAAAACCCAUUUUAUGUGUAAAAAUGGCUUAUUCGGAAACGAGAUCGCUUUUGCGGUCGGACGUUCCAGCGAUAAGUAAAAAAGUGAUCGAUAUUGAAUCAAGUUCAUCGGAAGAUUGGAGUUCUAGUUAUUCGGAUUCGUCCGGUUCACAACAUUCUAGUGAUGAUAGUUACACAGUGGAAUGGGAAUCGCAUGUAAAUCGCGAUGGAUCGUUAUUUUAUCUAGAAUAUAAUAUUCAACCGGUGCAGGCAACAAAUAAUGUGCCUGGAAAUAUGGAAAAGGGUCAAAGUUUGUUGGCAUGGAGAACGGAUUUCAAGCGAACUUCAACACGUCGAAGCAAGAAAACGGGCAUCCGUUUGGGGAAUUUGAUCAAUGGAAAUCAUAAAACAUCACAUAAAGAGGCUGUGAAAAAGAAGUCCACAGCAACAUCAAGGAAAACCAGUCGUAACGGUGUGCUGCCCGGUGAUCGGGACACAACGAACAAGGUGAAAUUCAAUGAGAUGGCCGAGGGUGAAGUCAAAGAAAUCACCGUAUUCAUUGAUCCAUCAAUGCGGCUCAAAUAUGGACGGCGAACAUCUGUUGCCGAAGCAUUGCUUGGCGUUUCAGUGUGUCCAUUUCCAGAUAGUUCGCGCAUCAUGAUCGCCGGUUACAUGCCAAAUUCGGAAGUUAGUCAGGACAAAGCCAUCAAGAUUGGUGAUUGGCUGAAGGCGAUCAACAAUCAAGACAUUAAUGUGGAGAAUUUCGAGUUGAUCUUGUUGAGUUUUACGCAACCAACUUACAUCAAAUUGCAACUACAGCGAAUUGCUGUUGAAGAACCGCCACAACAUCAUCCAAAUAUUGCAAAGGUAACAAAUACCAGUGAAUAUGUGGAUACGUUGAGAAGCUUUUUUCCUGCCAUUCGACACGACGAACGUGAUCACACACCAAUUUUCAGUCUGCUGCUUCUGUCACUGAAAGAAAGCAGCGAAAAUAUUCUGGACGGUGAAGAUGUUCUUUUCAGUUAUCCUCCGAAAGAAUCCAAUCACCUCUAUAGCAUUCGUGGUACAUUUUUAACGAUGAACUCCCUGUUCAGAGAAUGUACAUUCAAUUCCCGGCCGAAAAUCAGUAGUGUCACCAUUCAAUCAGUUGAAUACUUUGUUUCAUACUACAGUUGCAAUGAGGAAUUGCUGCUCAUCGCGAUUCCAGCGAAACGGACCACUCUUCAGGAUGCUAAAUUCAAACUGAAUACAAUUGUUCGAAGUUUAGAAUUUUCGGGCAACAAUUUAUCGCAAGCAUUCUUCACAAAUGACUCGACCAACUCAGAACUCGGCGAUGAUGCGCAGGAAAACGAAAACCUGAAGAAUUUUGGAAUCGACGAUAUUUGUGCGAUAACAAAAUUGCUAUUUUCAAUGUCACAUCCAUGGAAUAUUCGAUUCGAGGAUAUUUUACUCGAACCGCAUUAUGUGGCACUUCCGAAGGAGGGCCAACUGCGUAUCGAUGAUGCGCUCAGUGAAAUGGAAGCCAUGGACUAUCGCGAAUGGAAUGACGAGCCAUUGAAAUCGCAUCGUGAAUUUUAUAUAUUGGGCAGUGCAUUGUAUUUUCGUAAAUAUUUACUCGCUACACAUUUGCCAAAGUCGGAUUUACUUGAUAUUGAGGCGUUUUUACGGACGAACGGCAUUUAUUUACUGAUUGAAAAUAAACCGGUGCGAGAGUUGAUUGUAUGGCGAGAGAUUCAUCCAAAAAGUGUAACUCUUUCGAACUUCGAUAAUGAAAUGAAUGGAAGGCCGAAUCGACCGUCGCGAUGGUUUCUUACCGUCGUUGCACGUAAUCAACUGUUCAUGGCCGUUAUUUUGGAAUCAAGACAUCGAAUCGAUCCGGACGCACCAUCAUCUUCAGCCAAUUCAUCUGGUCACAUUGGACCGUCACGGUUCUACAUUGAAGAAAUACAAGACACACUCGAUCAUUUGCAGUCAGGAGGCAUUGAAAAUUUGGCCAGCACUUGGCUGAGUGCCAACAAACGACCGGAGACUUUGUUGUUCAAAGAAGAAUCAUCCAUGGCAAAUACAGUAGCAAAUUCGUCUGGCAAUCAGGGAAAUGCGAAUCAAAUGAAUGUUAGUGCAGCGACAUCGUCAUCGACAAGUACAGUUGAAGCACUUGCAAUGAGCCUCAAGACCACUGAAGUGAUAUCAAUUCUCAAACGACGAAAUAAUUCAUCGGAAAAUGUAAGCGACCAUCUCAAGUAUACGACUUCAGCGGUUGUUGCCACUGGUGGAGGUCAUUCACCUUCGAUACACAGUCAAACGUAUAGCGAUAGUUCAUUACAAAAAUACGACGAUGACGACGAGGAUGAAAGCGAUUCAGAUUGGGAUGGUUUCCCGGAGAGUCAACGAAGUAGCAGCGGUUUUGAUAUGUCCGAUAUGGCAAGCACAUUUUUUCGUGAAAUUUCUGAUGUUUUACUGAGCAAAGUAACGGCGGGGAGAGACAAUGUUUUAUAUCAUUAUGUGCAACUUGAAAUGGGCGAUGGGAUGCUUUUGGCUCCACCAUCAUUGAAUUCCGUUAAUGUGAUUUCAUUCGCAUUUCAAAAGUCAUGUCAACUCAUUCACAACAUUCUCCAAAAUACAAUAAGAUUCAGACAUUUGUUGUCACAGGAGACCUCAACGCAUAGUAUGAAUCGAUCUUUGGUUGCAAUAAAAGAGCAUGGUGUUCUCAUUUCUGAUGAACUGAAUUCGGGCUAUCAACCAUUUUGGGUUAUUGGGCGCCUUUUUACAAAUCCAUCGAAAGAAGUAUACAUUUGCCAUCGAGCUGAUGUGCCACAAAAUUUGAUCGAGGUUGCAUUCCGAUUGACUUUACAUUCAGCAGGCUGACAAUUUUAUUUUAAGAGUCAUAAAUUGGUCGAACAUUUUAAUUACUUAACAAAAAUGCACUUUUUUCGAAGUGUAUGAAUAUUUUUUUUAAUGAUAAAAACGAAAUAAUUUUAGAAAACACUUUUUUGUAAAUGUUUUUUUUUUAUGUAUUUUCAAUUAAUUAAGGCGACUUUUAACAGCAUUUUAUAAUGUUUAAUAUCACGAAGCUAAUCGAAUAACACAAAAUGAUGUUGGAACGAA